UGUCAGACUCAGAUCCGAGGGAGACGAGCUAGCCGCCAUUUUCUAAGCGUCUCUCCCUAAAACCAGAGAAAAGGGCUCGGGGCGAACUGCCAUCUGUAUUACGUUUCUCUUUCCGCGAACCGGGAUUUUCGCAGACGGAUUGCGGUGUCAUCGCAUCCAGUUGAAGUGAUUAUUGCUAGGAAGGGCAGUUUGAAGGCCUGGUCUUUAUUCGCGGCGGCGAGGCGAGCGGAGCUAGCUGGCAGCAAGGUGGAGAUCGGUGAUUCGCCCAUUGCUGGUUCCGGAACGAAGCCCCACGGCUCCGUCAACCGGACUUUUUCCGCAUUCUGGUUGCAUUUUUGGAGUAAUUAAUGGCCAAGUGAUCGACCCAAACCUCGUUUUUUGUGUUGGUGCACUUGUUUUUUUCCACCAAAACUGCGGGGGACUGUUGCCGAAAAUCCCUCGGAUAGUGCAACCUCGUCACGUGGCUGUCCUCUGGAGGGGCAGUAAGCGGGAGGAGUGGAGCAGGCCGCGGUGCCCGUCCCUCUGCACUGCAUGGCUGCGAUGGCGCCCGCUCUCACCGACGCCCCAGCUGAAGCUCACCACAUUCGCUUCAAACUGGCUGCCCCAUCUUCAAGCCUCUCUCGAGCCAGUGCAGAGAACAACGGAAACGCCAGCAACAUCCUCAUCCAUAGCAGUGGCCCUGCUAAGUGCAAGGUCAACUCUGAAGAGUGCCCUCUUGACUUUUGCAGCGGCAACCAGGAACAGCAGCAACAACAGCCCCAACCCAACCCUUCAUCCCAGGCCUCGGCCCUGGGCAAACUCCAGCCAUUGGUGGCUUCCUAUUUAUGUUCUGAUGUGACACCUGUUCCUUCAACAAAGGAGUCAAUCAAGUUGCAAGGAGUCCUCAUCAAACCAUCUGUGUUGAAAGGCCACGGAAUACUUCCCAGUUCCCUGCUCAACGGUGGAGGAGAAUUCCUCUUGAGGAAGAGGCAGGCUAUAGAGCUCUCUGGUGGCCAGCUUAAAAGCCUCAUGAGUGGCAGCACUAACGGGAGUGGCCAGCCCAUGGCACCUGUUAAUGGUCUGGCCAAGAAGCUGACCACUAUGUCCGGCUCUGGCUGUGUGGUUGCAGUAAAUGGUGAUAAACCUUCGGCCACGACAGAUUCUCAGUCCCAGAACCUGCUACUGGACUCUGAGACCUUGACAGAUACCAUAUCAGGGCAAGCCCUGGUGAAAGGAACCCUUAAACAGAAACAUUCCUCUGGGGUUUCUCAAAAUACAGAUGGAAAAAACCGUGAACCACCAGUGUUUCACUCUGCUGCACUUUCUCCCCUCACACAUGAUAAUUCGGACUCCACUGAACAGUUGCAUUCGGAUGAGGCUGAUUUACACGCACCUUCUAGGCAGCCACAAAGUUCUGAUAGGGAGAGACCAAGUAGUAGUCAGCAGGGCUCCCCACCUUGCACCACUGCACCACAGACUCUACCCUCUAGUUCUUCCUCCGACAACCUUGAUGCUCAUGUUCGGGAACGCACACUUCUUAACAGCAACCGCCAAACUGAGAUUGAAAGUAGGCUUCGGCGCCUGCGCAAACGUCUUCAGGUGGUACAGGCUAAGCAGGUAGAGCGGCACAUUCAGCAGCAGCUAGGUGGAUUCUUGGACUCUGCUCUUAGCAGGCUAGUAGCUGGUAACCGAAAAUCAGAGGCUGCUACCCCCUCAGCUUCAUGGAGGAUUGGUCGCCACUCUUCCUCAAACAACAGAGACGGCCUAAGUCGGUUCCUGAAAAGUGGCUCCAUGUCCUUGGAAUUGGAGAGGCUGUAUUUGAGUGGAUCAGCAAACCUUCAUUCAGCAGAAAGCGCCUUUGACUCAGAUGUUACAGAAAGUAGCUCUGGUGGCGACACAGACCUGGAAGAGGAUGAGCUGUCAAGGGUGGACAUUGAGCAGCGGCAUGUCAAAAUAUGGAAGCGAGCAGAGAGCCGCUACACUGUGGAGAGAGCUGCUAUCAUCAGCCACUGGAACUGGCUCCAGGCCCACAUCUCGGACCUGGAGUACCGCAUUCGGCAGCAGACGGACAUCUACAGGCAGAUUCGCGCCAGUAAGGGCUCGGUGGAGUUGGGAGGUGUUGCCCCUGGCACUGUGCUCGCAGGUGGGACAGAGGUGAAGACGGAACCUGUAAAUACACAGGAUGUUGGUUCAGAACGGCUAGAGCACACAGGCACCACCCCCAUCACCAACACAGAGCAGGGCCCUUGGAAAGGUCAAAAUGGGCAACCAGUUAAUGGCAUCCUCAGCAGGGUGGUGGACGGUGCAGACAGCAAGCACCAGCAGCCCAUGGCCUACGACAGCACAUGUGUGGCCGCCCGUACACGGCCGCUAGUCAGCUGUCGGCGGCGGCGGCUCAUUCAGCCAAACACAGUGCCCAACCUCAACGGCAAGACCCCAAGAAGCAACUUUGUUCAGUGUAACUGCAGGGUGAACCCCAGCUGUGCGAUGUGUGGUGGCUGGCCCACCCCCAGGGACGACCCACAGUACGAACUGCCCACCCUGGACCGCCUGUCAAGGCUGGAUCUUGGCGUCCAUCCCAUCCUCUCAUUCCCUGAUGAUGUUUGUAUAGGCCUGCGUCUGCAGCAGGUGAUGAAGAGCCAGUGGCAGAUGAAGUCACUGGAGAGGAGCAAACCACUGAAGAAGUUCUCGCUCAAACACAAGCUCUCCUCGUCCAAAGAGAAGCACAAGUUCACCAACUCGCUUAUGGCAGUCAGACUUGGCCACUAUAAAAACCGUGCUGAGAAGUCGAGGACUGUGGACAGCAGCAUGGGCAGCAGCAGCGCUGUGCUGAGCACGGCCAGGCUGGAGGGCCAGGCUGGGUGCAAGACUGAGCGGCUGCACGGCCACUCCACAUCCUUGGGGCCUUACGAUAAGAGCUACAGUCGCAAGAGAUUAAGAGAGCACUCACUGGACCGGGCUGACUCCUCUCCUAAACUUUUCAUGGACUUGAGCAGCCCAUGCACGGCCGUGUCCAACAUGCACUCAUCCCUUCAUAGCCCUCUAACACGCCAGCUGUCCACGUCUUCAGAGAACUCCACGCCGCUGGGCUCUAGCAGUCAGAGUGUCCCGAGUACACCUCAGCAGCCGAUCAAGAGGCGGCGAGGUGAAAGCUCCUUUGACAUCAACAACAUAGUGAUCCCCAUGUCUGUGGCCGCCACCACCAGAGUGGAGAAGCUACAGUACAAAGAAAUUCUCACCCCCAGUUGGCGAUCAGUGGACAUCUUCUCUCUGCCCAUAACUGAGGAGGAGAAUGAACGUGAGGUGGAGGACCUCACAGACGCAGCCUUCGUCCAGAUCCACCUGCCCUAUGAGGAGCAGGAGCGUUCCCGCUGGUCUUGGAUGGCCCUCGCUCCUGCUCAGAGGAGGGGCAGCAGGUCGUAUAAAUCCAUCGAUGGGCGAACCACGCCGCUGCUCUGCGGGACCAACCCUCCCACCCCUCAGCCUGCGUCCCCGGACCCCGGCCACUGCCCCCUUCUCCACGACUACAGCCACAUACCGUCACCAAUGAGCCCAGCAAGCCCGGAUGCCUCCUCCAACCCCCACACGCCGUGUUCCAGGGACUCUCAUCGGCUGCUGUCCAGUGAAGACACGCGCUGCUCAACGCCAGACUUCACCUUCGAAGAACGGACGGUAGCGCCGUGGGAGCGGCGCAGCUUCCCCCUGGCAGAAGACCCAGCCCCCGAGCCCGAGGCAGACCCUGACCACAUCAGGCCCAGAAUGCGCACCAUCUCAGGUUGCCGAGCAACAGCUUAUGGACGUCUGGACUCCGAUGACAUGGAGCUGCCUUGUGGCGAUGACAACGGCUCCAAACAGCGAAUCUCUGCCCACCGAUGAGAGGUGGACGUGCAGAGGUGGCCCGGCUGGCCCACACAGCUCCUCUCUGGCAUUAACAAGCAGAACCUCAAAGCAUAAUAAGAUAUUAAAUGGGUUCCUGUUGUUUGAUAUUCAAACAUCAGUCUAAUACUUUUCACAGUUUUUAGUGAAUAUUAAGGAGAUAGAAGCCUUUCCCUACAAUUGUUUUUGUCACAGGAAAAAAAAGAUAAAUAUUUAAAAAAAAAAAAGUAUAAAACAACACAUUACAAAAAAUAAGUUCUGUAGUAAGCUAAACAAUGUACAUGGGGGCUUAGUGGUGUUUCAUAUGUCGCGUAUACACUUGUAGCGCACUAUGUAGCGGACUCAUCAAAAUAUGGCCAAAGGGUGUUUUCUAUUGACUAGUUUGCUUGUAAUUCCCAUGUACAUUUUUAGUGAAGUGACAAAUAACAAAACAAGGAAAAAAAGUCCUUUCCCCACACCCUCAUCCACCUCCUCCACAGAAACAGGUACAUUUGAGAUGUGGUUCCCUCCCUCUGCCUCUAGAGGUCGCCUAAAAUCACCACAGCACUUCCCAUACUGCCAGGUCUCAUUUUGCUGGUUUGCUUGUUUUUUUGUUGUUUUUUUCCCCCCUUUCAUGACAUGUUUUUGUUUGUUUCUGUACCCGAGUAACACCAUGUUCUUUGUGUGCGUUUUCUUUCUUUUUUCCUUUGUUCUUCAUAAUAAAUCAUUCCUCUUAAGCCUCCGCGGAGAGCUCCAAUCUCGCCCCACAGCUGCCUCCUCUCGAUUGUCAGCCGAGGUGGGUGUUUCUUUGUUUGUUUUGUUUUCUUUCCCUCCCCUACACUUAACCGGCAAAAAGCUGCUGCAUGCUGAAAACAAUAAAGCCAAUCUUAUCACAACACGGAUCGCAGCUCCUUUCUCUCCUGCUGGGAUGGCAGCGGCGCAGGGUCCGACUGGCACCGCCAGCAGGAUAAUAUCACUGCUUUCAUCUCGGGUUCCAGUUCAGCUCAACAGGUUUUCAGAUCUUCAAUAUGUAGCAGCCACCCCGAGCUCAGGUUCUUCAAGGGAAUAUUUUCUUCUGUUCUCUGCUUCAACUUUUCCUCAGAUUGAUCAGAUCUUGAACGGAUUAUUAUUUUUUGUUCCAUCUCAUCCCGAACUCAUCCUACAGUAUCCAUAUAAUUAUACACUCUGACCCCACCCCCUCCACCUUAACUAAUUGCUAUGCAAAAAACAAAAAAAGAUGUAUGGGUUUCAUUUUACACCUUUUUUAUGUCACAACCAUUCAGUCACUGUUUUUUUCUUUCUUUUUUUUGUAGUCAAGCAAGAUGUCAAUGUACCUGUUCGAUUGUUGCAAGUUAACCUAAUCAAAAAUCAGAAUUGUUUUUUUUGUAAAUAGUACCAUUAAAACAUUUAUGUUU